GAGGCGAGGAGGUGUUGCAGCUGGCGGAUGAUGUCGAGCAGCGUGCGGAGCUGCCGUUGCAGCUGGCGGAUGAUGUCGAGCAGCGUGCGGAGCUGCCGGCUGCGCCGCCGCCGAGCAGUUCUCGCGAUUACAAGUUGCACGUCGGAGCAGGGGCGCGCGGCGUUGGCGAGCUGCACGCCGAGGCCGAGGGCCUCGUGGGGUGGGUGCGGCCACAGUCGUGGCAGCUCGAGUACCGCCGCAGGUGGCAGAGCUAUGUGAGAGGCUUCUGGCAGCCCUUCGCGCGAACGCGUCUCUCUUCAGGCGGGUGCGACGCGACCAUGCGCUGGUCGCGGACCUUGCUCCCGAACGCAACCAGGGAGGAGUGCGAGACUAUCGAUGGCUCUGGCCUGGAUCUGAACGUGGAAACGACCGUGAGGCACCCCUGGUCGCAGUCGCAGCAAGUUGGCGCCACGCGAUCGCCUGCGCUGUCCUUAGAGCAAAGGGUAGAGCUUGUGAUCGGCCCUGUCGGACAGACGAAACUGCUCAACAUGGCGUUCCCAAUGGGCGCAAAGGUUGGCGCCGUGUGGGACUCCUCUGAUCACGCUGCCGAGGGGGAGAAGACGCCCUGGGUGAAGGUGUAUGCCGACCUCUCGAUGCCUGGGCUCCAGGAGCUGCGCGGGUGGAUGGGCCAGGUGGAAUUGGCGGACUCGCUCCUCGGGCUGCUGCGCACGCACGUGCAGAGCGUCUGGUCCCGCAGCCCGCCCAGCUUCUGGUCGGUGGAGCACCUGCGCACAUGGGGGCCCGUGCCUCUGCCGCGGCUCGUGUCCGACUCGGUCCACGCCGCCGGCUCCGUCGCCGCGGGCAUGCUGGAGGGGCUCGUGCCCGUCCCGCAGGCGCCCACCGGCAUGGCGGUGGUGCCCGUGCACAGGCUGCGGGCAGGCACCGGGGGUCCGAGUGCGGGCCUCACCCUCGACAGCUCCCAGAGCGGCCUGGGCGGCUCUGGGUGGGGGAGCGGCGUCGAGGUGAGCCGCCAGGGCUGGGGGGCAAACCUGCGGCUGGCUGCAGGCAACGCCGACCACUCGCUGGGCCAGCCGCACUACACCAUCACCGCGCAUGCGGGUUGGAAUCAGGCGCCGCACCUGAUACACGAGUUCAAGUGGAUGUUCCAGGAUGGGCAAGGUCUCUGGGCAAUCGUGGACAAAGCGCCUGACGCAAAGCCCCGGCUGAACGUAGGCAUGGAGAUACGGUGA